GCCAUCUCAUUAACAUACCAGCAUUCCAUAGGCUUCAUAACUUUACGAAUAUUCCUAUACAUAAAUAUUUCGACAUAUGUACGCGUUUAAUUGACUGGUAACAUACUUCAAAACCGAGAAAUGGGUUCCUUCCAGGAAAUAGUGUCCUGGGUUGGUAGCGAGUGGAAGCUUGUGAUCACAAUAGCUCUUGUGUUCAUAAUUUACUGUUUGACAAAACGAGACAGGAGAAUAUCCAAAUAUCUUGAAAACGUGCCAGGUCCUCCGACAAUUCCGUUGUUGGGUAAUGUAUUGUCCCUCUUAUGUCCGAGUUAUGAAUUGAAGGAUGUGUUAACUUCAUGGUAUCACAAAUUCGGACCAAUUUAUACAGUUUGGUUGGGAAAUCAUCCAAUUGUAACGUUAUGUGAGGCAUCAUCUGUUGAAGCAAUUUUAUCCUCAUCUGUGCAUAUUGAGAAAGCCAAGGAAUACGAUGUACUUUUUCGGUGGCUUGGAUUGGGUCUCAUAACAGCAAAACCGAGGAAAUGGCGUGGCCGACGAAAAAUGUUGACACCAACGUUCCAUUUCAAAAUCCUGGAGGAAUUCAGCGUCAUAUUUAACGAACAAGCUGACGUGUUUACGGAAACAUUGAAGCAAAAGGCGGAUGGGAAACCUUUUAAUAUUUUUCCAUUUGUGGCAAGAUGUGCGCUGGAUAUAAUUUGUGAAACUGCAAUGGGGAAAAAACUAAAUGCCCAAUUGCAACAAGAUGGAAAUGAUCAAUACUUAAAAGCAGUUUUCGGAUAUGGCGGCUUACUGGUUAAAAAAAUUGCCAGACCUUGGCUUCAAAUAGGCCUGAUUUGGAGACUGAGUGGAUAUGAAGCUCAAGAAGCCCGUUUAAUUAAAGUUCUUCACGAUUUUACUGAUAAGGUUAUAAUUGCGAAGAAACUUGAAAGAAAAAAUCAUGGAAAUUUAAACCCGUCCACAAUUGAGAACGGAAUGACACAAAAAAAACGCAAAGCAUUUUUGGAUCUACUAUUGGAUUUAUCGGGACAAAGUGAUGAUGGAGAUGAAACUUUAACGGAUGUUGAAAUCAGAGAAGAAACAGACACCUUUAUGUUUGCGGGUCAUGAUACGACCUCUGCCAAUAUGGCGUGGACAAUUUUAAUGUUAUCUUUCCAUGAAAAUCAACGACAUCAGAAACUGGUUCAAGCAGAACUUGACGGGAUAUUUGGGGAUGAUAAGAAUCCGAAUAUCACUUCUUCCGACGUCUCAAAAAUGAAAUAUUUGGACUACUGCAUCAAAGAGACGUUAAGAUUAUUGCCAAGUGUACCCGUUUAUUUUCGACACCUUACCGAAGACGUGAAAAGUGCGGAAAAUAUUCUCCCGAAAGGGAUAACCGUUGCGAUUUCUAGCUAUUUAUUACACCGGGAUCCAAACGUGUUCCCAAAACCGGAAGUCUUUGACCCCAUGCGCUUCUCCCCUGAAAAUUCGGUGGGCAGAAAUCCCUUCGCGUAUGUACCAUUUUCUGCAGGGCCUCGGAAUUGCAUCGGUCAAAGGUUUGCUUUACUGGAGGAGAAAAUUGUUUUAUCAAAACUAUUUAUGAACUAUAAUUUUCAAUCCGUUCAAAAAUGGGAAGAUGUUAAAAUGGUUUCAGAAAUUGUUAUCCGGCCAUAUGACGGAAUUAAUGUAAAAGUAACGAAAAGAAACUGUUUGAAAUAGUGGAUACUGAUAUACAAUUUUUCAAAUUAGUUUAGAGUCAUUGUUGGGCAAAAUUAUGUUAAGAAAUUUAAUAAAAAUCUGUGAGCAUA